CUGUGUUUCUGCAUAAAAAAUUCUUUUUUUUUUUUCCAGGAUCAAAUAUACGAACUGCAAGCGCUUGAAAGUAUCUUCUCCGGUACUCCGGAAUGUUUUUCAUAUCAUCAUCAACAGCAAGCGCCUGAUCCAAAGAUCACUGGUUCGAUUACCAUUGUAUUGGCCAAAUUUGACAAAGAAAUAACCAUCCAUGCAGAUUCAAAAACUGUUAGGAUCUCAUAUCUUCCGCCGCUAUUUUUAUAUUUUACAUUCCCGCAGGAUUAUCCGUCAUGCUCCAUGCCGAAAUUCUCGCUUCGUGCUGAUUGGCUCGAUUCGAACAUGAAUGAAGGACUUUCGAAGAUUCUAACCAACGCAUGGACAGACUGUUGUGGGAUGCCGCCCAGUUUGAAGGCGUUUAUCGAAUAUAAUGAAAAAGCUGUGCAGAAGGAUUUCGAAGAUGAUUGGUACGAUUGCGAGGUGUGCUAUACCUCGAAAAGCGGCAAGGACUGCUUGAAAUUCUUGCCCUGCGGUCACAUAUUUUGUUCAGAAUGCACCUCGGAGUACUACCGACAAAGGAUGCGCGAAAAUUUGCUUCGCCAUUUCGGAUGUUUGGAUGAUGGAUGUGAAAGUGUUGCAACUCAGGCACAGAUUCGUCAGGUACUUACCAAAAAGGAAUAUGAGGUUUAUGAACAGCGUUUGCUGGAGGGGACGCUCGAUCUGAUGUCCGAUGUCGUUAUAUGCCCUCGAAUUUCUUGCCAAGCUCCGUCUGGCAUCAUGUUCACUGUGUCGCUACUCAUUCUGUACAUUAUGCAGGAAAGCCUAUCACGGCAGCUGCGCGACAAAUUGCUGGAUCAGUUUGAAAACGCCACUCCAGCUCAGCUUGAGGAUAUUUACAAGCGUUUUGGUGGCCGGGAACAAGUUGAGCGUCAGAUUCAGGCACUGAAAAGUGAGCAGUGGAUUGCAAGCAACAGCAAAGCUUGCCCGUCAUGCAGAGCUAAUAUUGAG